AUGGAGACGAAUUUGCAGAAGAGACGUGAGAACAAGAAAUCCCUGCGAGUGAAAGUGAUCAGCCUGGGGAACGCAGAGGUGGGAAAGAGUUGCAUCAUUAAACGCUAUUGUGAAAAGAGGUUUGUCUCCAAGUACUUGGCCACGAUCGGAAUCGAUUAUGGUGUUACAAAAGUUCAAGUUCGGGACAGGGAGAUGAAAGUGAAUAUUUUUGACAUGGCCGGACAUCCUUUCUUUUACGAGGUGCGAAACGAGUUCUACAAAGACUCCCAGGGGGUGAUCCUGGUUUACGACGUGGGGCUGAAGGAGAGCUUCGACGCCCUGGACAGCUGGCUGGGGGAGAUGAAGCAGGAGAUGGGCUCCCACGCCAACAUGGAGAGCAUCGUCUUCGUCGUGUGUGCCAACAAGGUGGACCUGACGAAGAGGCGGGUCAUUGACGAGAGCGAGGGGCGUCUGUGGGCGGAGAGCCGGGGCUUCCAGUACUUUGAGACGUCGGCGCAGAGCGGAGAGGGCAUCAGCGAGAUGUUCCAGGCCUUCUUCUCUUCCAUCGCUGACAUGUGUGAGAACGGGGGCCGGAGGCCGGCGUCGGGGGUCAGCGCCGGCUUCACCAGGGAGCAGGCUGACACCAUCCGCAGGAUCCGCAGCAGCAAAGACAGCUGGGAUAUGCUCGGAGUCAAGCCAGGGGCGACCAGAGACGAGGUCAACAAAGCAUACAGGAAGCUGGCAGUGCUGCUGCACCCAGACAAGUGCGUGGCACCGGGCAGCGAGGACGCCUUCAAAGCUGUGGUGAACGCCCGUACUUCACUGCUCAAGAGUAUCAAGUAGGAGGUUCCCGCCAAAACCUUGUCCCCUUGACACCUGUUCAACACCUAGAAGAAAUGCAUUAACUGAUUUGGAAUCAAAAACAAGAGGUGGAUUGUUAACUGUCAAGUCUUUGCUGUUAAAAAGUUUGCUAUCAUGCUGCUAUUUUUGUGCUGCACUAAUUGUAUGUUUUGCCAAGAGAACUUGCAUUCUUUAUGGAUUAAUUGCACUGUUGUUUUUUAUCUGUUAGUUAUGUUUCAGUUUGCACAACUUCUAUCUGAAUGUGUAGAGCAAGGCUGAAAUCUCGUCAACAUUUGGAGUCAAGUAAACGUUUCGGUUUUGUGUUCUAA